CAUCUCACUUGUUUAUACUUGGAACGCUAUGUCGUCUCUCCCACAAUGACAUCAUUGCGUCUCACAUUUUUCCGGCCCAAAAUCAUUUUCAGCUUUCCCGCCUUCCCGAAAUCUUUUAAACUUUUGGUAGUUUUCUGAUUUUCCCCACUCCCUCCCUUCUGUUCUGGAAUUCCUAAUUCGGAUAAUAGACGAAUCGACACAGAUUCGAAAACCCUAGAACUGAGGAAAUGACGACGUGGCAGCUAUUUGCCGAUUCAGGCGGCGAUGGUUUCCGGUGGGAAGUCGCUGGCCGGAUUCUCCAUUCUGACAUCUCCGAUUCUACUCCAACCAAGACGACGCUCGAAUCCACAGCUCCUCCUCUACCUUCCAUGGCUGAUCUCUUGCUCCGAGGAUGCUCGAAGCUUAUAGAACGAGAGGAAGCGAUGCCAACAAUGUUCACGACUGGUCUCGGGAAGUCUGUAGCUCUAAAAGACUCUUCGAUUGCAAGAGCCAAAUCGAUUUUAGCUGAUUCAGAUUCGCGCAACACAGGAUGCUCAAAUCCUCAAAAGAGAAAAGUGGAUACUUCAGAUGGAAAUUCGCCGAUAUUCAGGACGGCCUUAGGGCGACCCGUCCCAUUAAAAGAGGCUUCAAUUGCCAAAGCUUUAUCUAUUCUUGGGGGUGAUAAUAUGAUUGACUCAGACAACAACGUUCUUCCCAGGGAGAAUGGUAUUGGUGUUCCCAACACUUUUUUUCAGACGGCUUCUAAUAAGAAGGUUAAUGUAUCUUCCGCUGGUAUGGCAAGAGCCAAGGCAUUGUUAGGUAUAGAAAAAGAUGAUCUGAAUGGAGUUAGCCACGUGAACCGGUCGUCUCCUUCCCACCAGCAACGUGAGUUUGAUGCUACAUCGGUUCAGCAUAAUUCAGUAACUCCAGGACGACAAUAUGGGGAUGAUAAUAUGAUUGACUCAGACAACAACGUUCUUCCCAGGGAGAGUGAGUUUGGUGUACCCAACACUUUUUUUCAGACGGCUUCCAACAAGAAGGUUCAUGUAUCUUCCGCUGGUAUGGCAAGGGCCAAGGCAUUGUUAGGACUAGAAAAAGAUGAUUUGAACGGAUUUAGCCACGUGAACCGGUCGUCUCCUUCCCACCAGCAACAUGAGUUGGAAGCUACAUCGGUUCAGCAUCAUUCAGUAACUCCAGGACGACAAUAUGGGGAUGAUAAUAUGAUUGACUCAGAUAACAACGGUCUUCACAGGGAGAGUGGGUUUGGUGUACCCAACACUAUUUUUCAGACGGCUUCUAACAAGAAGGUUAAUGUAUCUUCUGCCGGUAUGGCAAGAGCCAAGGCAUUGUUAGGACUAGAAGAAGAUGAUUUGAAUGGAUUUAGCCACGUGAACCUGUCGUCUUCUUCACACCAGCAACAUGGGUCAAAAACACACGAGGAGUUUGAUGCUACAUCGGCUCAGCAUCAAUCAGUAACUCCGGGAGGACAAUACGAGGGUCAUUUAUCUAUAAAGAGACGUGAAGUUUUAAGUUCACCUCCUAAGGUGCCUCAAACAAAGUUUCAGACUGCUGGUGGAAAAUCUUUGUCAGUGUCUGUUGAGGCAUUGAAACGUGCGAGAAGCCUUCUUGGAGACCCUGAGUUAGGGACUUUCUUUGAUGAUGUAGCAGAAGGUGAUCAGUUUGUUACACCACAGACAGAUAAAAGGUUAGGUGAAACUGGUAUAAACAAUGCAAGUGCCUGCACAAGCUAUAAUGCUCACGAAGGAAAGACCAGCAACAAGCAUACGUCAAAUAGUUUUAUAUCUCCUCUUCGGUCAUCUUCGAAGCAAUUUAGAUCAGUCAAAUUGGAGGGCAUAGCUUCAGGGGUUAAUUUGAUCAAGAAAUUUGAUGCGGCGGAUGGUGAGAGAGACUGUGCUCUGAAUACUACUAAACUUGCUGCACAUGAACUACCACAUGACAGGCCUUUAGCAUCCGAUAUAUCAGUGAAUAAUUCCACGGGAAAUGGUUUCAUUCCAAGAGCUAAAAGAUUUGGAAGGGUACCUGAUCAGCCACUUGUCGAUAUUACAAAUCGCAGUGAUACAGCUUACGCAAACAAUAAACAAGAUAGUAGCCAAAAGAAAAGACUGGGAAAGACAGUCUCCGUUCCUCCUUUUAAGAAGCCAAGGACUUCCUCCUUUAAAACUCCUUUAAAGAACAAUGUUCAGCAUGCUUCAAAUGGUUUGUCUGUCGUAUCUUGUGUUACACAUAAUUCCAAAGAGUUGCUUUCUACAAGAUAUCCAGAAAGGUCUCCAAGAGUAUAUAUCAAGGAUUAUUUUGGAAUGCCUCCCACAGCUACGACCAAGAUUGUUUGUGUCCCGGACCAUGUCAAAAGAAUCAAAUCAAGUAAUGCAGAUAAAUAUGUAUUCCGUGAUGAGUCUUCCUCAAGCGUGGUUGGAGCUGAAAAGUUUCUUCAAAUGUUGACAGAGUCUGGUGCUUCCGUACAACAUGCAUCUAGAAAGUGGGUCAUUAAUCAUUACAGGUGGAUAGUCUGGAAACUUGCAUGCUAUGAGACAUACUACCCACACAAAUGCAGAGGAAAGUUUCUGACAAUCACCAAUGUUCUCGAGGAACUAAAAUACAGAUAUGAGAGAGAGGUCAAUCAUGGUCAUUGCUCUGCAAUCAAGAGGAUACUGAGUGGUGAUGCUUCAGCUUCUUCAACGAUGGUGCUUUGCAUAUCAGCUAUAAAUCCAAAUACCAAUAAUGAUUCUCAGGAAACGCAUUGUUCUGAUAGUGGCAGCAAUGUGAAAGUAGAACUCACUGAUGGGUGGUACUCGAUGAAUGCUGCUCUGGAUCUCAUGCUAACGAAACAGCUGAAUGCUGGAAGGUUGUUUGUUGGGCAGAAGCUUCGAAUCCGUGGGGCAGGACUUACUGGCUGGGCUUCCCCAACAUCACCUCUUGAGGCAGUGAUUUCAAAUACGAUCUGUUUGUUGUUGAAUAUUAAUGGGACAUACAGAGCUCACUGGGGGGACCGGCUAGGAUUCUGUAAAGAAGUUGGUGUCCCUCUGGCUCUCAACUGUAUCAAGUGCAAUGGAGGUCCAGUGCCUGAAACGUUAGCUGGAAUCACACGAAUAUACCCUAUCCUAUACAAGGAAAGGUUAGGUGAAAAGAAGUCAAUAGUUCGAUCAGAGAGGAUGGAAUCUAGAUUGAUCCAGCUGCAUAACCAGAGGCAAGUUUCCAUUAUAUCUGUAGAGAGCAAUCUUUAUUUUUUAUUAUUAUUUUUGUUUGCAUUUAGGCGCGCAGCUCUUGUUGAGGGGCUUACAUGUGAGUACCAGAGAGAAUUCAAUGGUGUCCACAGCAAGAACGACACUGACAGCGAAGAAGGAGCCAAGCUCUAUACGCUUUUAGAGACUGCUUCUGAACCUGACCUCCUAAUGGCAGAUAUGAGUCCGGAGCAGUUGACAUCUUUCACUAAAUAUAAAGCAAAGUUUGAGGCAGCUAGGCAAAACCAGAUGCAAAAAUCAGUAGCAAAAGCUCUGGAAGACGCUGGUUUAGGUGAAAGGGAUGUCACUCCAUUCAUGAGGAUAAGACUUGUUGGAUUGACGAGCUUAAGUUAUGAAGGAAAACACAAUCCAAAAGAAGCCAUCGUAACAAUCUGGAAUCCCACGGAGAGGCAGAGAACCGAGUUAACAGAAGGGAAAAUAUACAUAAUGAAAGGGCUUGUACCAAUGAACACAGAUUCAGAAACUCUUUACUUACAUGCCAGAGGGUCUAGCUCAAGAUGGCAGCCUUUAUCUCCAAAAGCUUCUGAAAGUUUUCAGCCCUUUUUCAACCCACGUAAACCAAUCUCUUUGUUGAAUCUUGGUGAAAUUCCUCUUUCAAGUGAAUUUGAUAUCGCGGCGUACGUUGUAUAUGUUGGAGAUGCAUACACUGAUGGUCAGCAAAAGAAGCAGUGGGUGUUUGCGACAGAUGGAUCAUUUCAACUUUCAGAUUCAGGAGAAUUCUCAAAUAGUCUUCUUGCUAUAAGCUUCUGCACACCAUCCACUGAUGAAUUCACGGAUCCACUCAUUAGCCAUAAUCUUGUCGGAUCCGUGGUUGGAUUCUGCAAUUUAAUAAAAAGAGCAAAGGAUACAGAAAACGAUAUGUGGGUUUGUGAAGCGACAGAAAACUCAGUUUACUUCGUAAACACGGAAGCUGCUUACUCUUCUCACCUCAAAACCAUUAGUGCCUCUAUCAAAACAUGGGCUAAGCUCUCUUCUUCCAAAUCCGGAUUUGAACUCUUUUUGGGAUUGUUUGGAGAAACUUCAGAGAUGAUGGACAAUGAAAAUGAUCAACAGAUCGAUGUUGGAUCGGUGGUUGAAGCUGUUUCCGCUGAUAAUUCAUUCGGUGCUCCCCUCUAUGUAGUUGAGAGCAUGUGCAUGCGUUGCGGUGAAAAUGGAACAACUAGAUUUCUAUUAACCUUGAUUCCUCACUUCAGAAAGGUCUUAUUAUCUGCAUUUGAAUGUCCGCAUUGCGGUGAAAGGAAUAAUGAAGUUCAGUUUGCUGGCGAGAUUCAACCCCGAGGAUGCUGUUACCAUCUAGAGGUUUUAGCUGGCGAUGUAAAGAUAUUUGAUAGGCAAGUUGUGAAAUCUGAAUCAGCCACUAUCAAGAUUCCCGAACUGGAUUUUGAGAUUCCACCAGAGGCACAACGUGGAAGUUUGUCUACAGUAGAAGGGAUAUUAGCACGAGCCGCCGAUGAACUGAGUGCCCUUCAAGAAGAACGCAGGAGAGUGGAUCCUAAAACUGCUGAAGCAAUAGACCAAUUCUUGUCUAAGCUUAGAGCUUGUGCCAAAGCAGAGACGUCCUUCACCUUCAUUUUGGAUGAUCCUGCUGGAAACAGUUUCAUCGAGAACCCACAUGCACCAUCACCAGAUCCUUCUUUAACCAUCAGAUUCUAUGAGCGAACACCGGAGCAACAAGCGGCGCUUGGAUAUCUUGCGAACACAUCUCAGACCGAACAGUCAGAAACACCUUCUGCUGAAACAACUUCUCGUUUACCACAUGGAACAAUCGGAGCAACAGCUGGUCAUCGCGCGAUUGCUCAAAGCAAUAGCACUGAUAUUUCGGAUAACUUGUUCAGAUACACUGCACCUGAAGAGGUGAUGACUUUCCCUUCAACUUGUGGAGCAUGUAUGAAGCUGUGCGAGACACGGAUGUUUGUGACUAAAAUCCCUUACUUUCAGGAGGUUAUUGUCAUGGCAUCUACAUGUGAUGAUUGUGGCUAUCGCAAUUCUGAGUUGAAGCCAGGUGGUGCAAUUCCUAAAAAGGGAAAGAAAAUUACUCUCUCUGUGAAGAACAUCGCUGACCUUAGCCGAGACGUCAUCAAGUCGGACACUGCAGGAGUGAAAAUCCCAGAGCUUGAUCUGGAGCUAGCUGGUGGUACACUUGGUGGAAUGGUAACAACAGUAGAAGGACUGGUCACACAGAUCAGAGAAAGCUUAGCGAGAGUCCAUGGAUUCACUUUUGGUGACAGUUUGGAGGAGAGUAAGAAGAACAAAUGGAGAGAAUUCGGAUCCAGGCUAACUAAGCUCCUAAGCUUAGAACAGCCAUGGACUUUGAUUCUUGAUGAUGAAUUAGCAAAUUCCUUUGUUUCACCAGUAACAGAUGAUAUCAAAGAUGAUCAUCAGCUCACAUAUGAAGAGUAUGAGAGAUCAUGGGAACAAAACGAGGAGUUGGGUCUAAACGACAUAGAUACCUCUUCAGCUGAUGCUGCUUAUGAAUCGACAAAAACAACUAAGUUACCUUAAUUAGUGUUAAUUGUAUUAAUCGUAUAAAAACAAAGUCCUAAUCUUUGUUGCUUAUACCUUCUGUUGUGUUAUGUUUGAGAUUUUUUUUUUCUUUUCUUUUUUCUUUCCACAAAUCAAAAUAUAUUGAUUUACAAAAUAGACAAUCAUUCCCAAUACAACUUCCCAA